CUGCGGGAUGGCCUUAAAAGGAAUGGAUAGGCCCUUCAAAACGGUGCGUUGGGAGCAGCGAUGUUCCAAGAUCCAAGGAGCUGAGAGAGCGACAAAAUGACGAGCCAUGAGGAGGUCAGCUUCCAGACCCUCGACGGCCUUACACUUCGCGGCACUCUAUACCUAGCGGGGCGGCCGAACAGUCCUGCAAUUAUCAUCACGCCAGGCUUUAAUGUGACUAGAGAUGUACUCUUACCCAGGAUCGCGCAGCGGUUUCAGCGCGACGGCAUCUCAGCCUUAAUCUAUGACCCGCGCACCAUUGGCAGCAGCGACGGCAAUCCCCGAAACGAUAUCAACCCUGCCCAGCAAGCAACAGACUACCACGACGCCCUGACGUUUCUGAAGACCGACGGACGGGUCGACCCUGAGCGCAUUGCUUAUUGGGGCUUCUCGUUUGGCGGCGCAGUGGCCCUAGCGGCUGCUGCGCUUGAUAAGCGAGCAAAGGCAGUCAUCAGCGUGUGCCCGUUGACUCACUGGGAUCUCGACGAGAGCAAAUGGCGUGGCGUCAUGGCAAAGGCGAUGCAGGACCGUGAAUCUCAGCUUAGUGGCAACGGUGCUUUCUCGCUGCCCAUGAUAACCGACAGGGGGGUCAACCCCGCUGGUUUUUCGUCAGGCAUGGGGGCCAGCGAGCUUGGCCUCGUCGCAGAAGCCAGGAAAAUCCCAGGCUUCAAUCUAAACACAACAAUCCAGACCUACUACCACAUCAUGGCCUGGAGCCCGUUCAAGCUGCUGAGAUAUCUCGCGCCGACGCCAGUGCUGAUGGUGACACCGGAGGAUGACCAGAUCUCCCCGCUGGCGGAUCAGAAGGAGCUGAUCUAUAAUCGGAUACAGUCACAAAAGCAGAUGUACGUCGUCCCAAAGAAGGGCCACAUGGAUGUGCUGGACGGCGAGAGCUUUGAAACUGUCAUGGCGGUACAAGUUACAUUCAUUCGCCAGUGUCUUGGUAGCGAGGACGCACAGAGCGCGGAGAGGUGACCUCGAAACGGCCAUAGUGCAGACAGCACAGAACACGAGCGUACCUAUCAUAGU